AUGGAUGUGUUGAAACGUUUGGAUUUUGUAUUUAAUAUGCACGAAGGUUUUCCUUCUCACUGCCUUAAGCCUAAACAAGUUCAAUGUUUUGAAGCUCUUUUAAAGGGCAGGGAUGUUGUAGCUGUCCUUCCUACGGGUUAUGGAAAGUCGUUAAUUUUUCAACUUCUUCCUGACGUUAUACCACAAAAAAGUACAAGGAAUAUCGUUAUUGUGGUGUGUCUUUUAUCUUCAAUUAUAGAAGACCAAGUGCAGUUUUUAAACAGUGUUGGUAAUUCAGCAAUGUCACUUCAUUGCAAUAAUAGUUCCACAAGCUCUUAUGAAAGUUUGUUUGCCGAAAUGAAAACUCAUGAAGAAAUCAAUAUAUCAAAAAAGGUGCAAGAAGGGGAUAUAAAUCUACUCUUCGCUCAUCCAGAGGCAAUACUUUCCGAGCAAGGCAGAAAUUUAUUAAAGUCAACUGUGUAUCAAGAUAAUGUUGUUGGAAUUGUUAUUGACGAGGCCCAUUGUGUAGAAUUUUGGGGAGAAGAAUUUAGAAAAGAUUUUAAAGAACUUUCCACAGUGCGCACUUAUUUUCCAAAAGCAUCUAUGUUAGCCCUUACUGCAACUGCCUCACCUCAUCAUAUAACAAGUUUAGUGAAGUCAUUGAAUAUGUCAACAGCAAAAGUUAUCAGAGUAAAUCCCAACCGCAAAAACAUAUUUCUUGACAAAAAGAUCCGCAAAAGUAAUGCUUCUGGAUUCGAAAGCUAUGAGAAUAUAUUGUUACCUAUAGCAAAUUCAUUAAAUUCAGUAAGAGAACAAUUUUCAAUGACAAUCAUUUAUAUGAAAUUAAAAUAUUGUGGUCUUGCCUUUAAUCUAUUUGAAAGAAUUUUAAGCACAUUUCAAUACGUGGGAUUUGAAAAAACACCAUCUAGUCGUUUGUUUUGUCAAUACCAUGCACCGCAGACAAAAGCUAUGAAACAAAUUAUCAUAAAGGAAAUUUCUAAGAAGAACUCACGGAUCAGAGUUAUCUUUGCUACCACUGCGCUCGGAAUGGGUGGUAAUAUUCCACAUGUAGAAAAUGUUUACCACUUUACCCCACCCAGCAAUCUUGAAGCUUAUGUUCAAGAAAUAGAACGAGCUGGCAGAAGUGAGCAACCUGCAACAGCUAUUUUGUUUUACAAUAAUUCCGAUGUUUUGGCAAAUAAAACAAAUGUGGAUAAAAAUAUGAAAUUGUACUGCCAGACAUCAACUUGCCUAAGGGAGCAUAUUCAAAAACAUUUUGGUUCCAAGCACGAACUUCAAGAAAAAUGUUGUUCAAUCUGUGAAAAAGUGGAAUUGGUAGAAAAACCAACCACUGUAAGAACUCGUUUAACAGCAAAAUUAAGAAAUGAAUUAAAUAAGGAACUAUGUAUGGCCCUAUCCAACAUUAGUGAAGAAAAUUCGAUAUUUUUGUUUGGGACUCCCAAAGAGCUUGCCGCUGACAUUUGUUACACAAGCUCACAAUCAAACACAGGUGCCCCUGAUUUAUCCAUGUUAGAUGAGAACAUUGCUAAAGAAGUUCAAAAUAUUUUGUCAAAUUAUGAAGAAGCAUCGAAGCGUAAGAAAACAAAGAUUGUGCCGAAGGUUAAUGACGUAAAUACAAAUGUUAUUAUCGACAAAAGUGAAUUCACUAUUGUUACCGCCCUUGUUUACGUAAUCGAUAAAGAAUCAGCUGAUAACGCCUUCCAAAAUCUACCGAACGAUUAUCGAAAAAUCUGCGAAAAAUUCCAAUGUUUAUAUCAUGGAAAAGGAAAAUUUUUAAAUUAUAAAUGUAAACUAAAAAUCGACGAAAAUGUCCGUCCUAUCCAACAACGACUUCGACGUCAACAGUAUCAACUUCGCAAACCUAUCAAAGAAAAGCUCGAAUCGAUGGAAAAAGAUGGUUUAAUAAGCAAAGUCGAUUCACCUCAAGAAUGGUUAAGUAAUAUUGUCGUUACACCGAAAUCAAAUGGUGAUAUCCGAAUAUGUCUCGACGCUCGUAAGAUCAACAAAGCUAUCUUACGACAAAAAUAUCCAAUUCCUACAGUUGAUUCGCUUAUCGACGAAAUCGGAGAUUCAAACGUGUUUAGUAAAAUAGACUUACGUGAAGCGUAUACUCAGAUCGAGUUAGAUGAAGAAUAA